ACGACACACUGACGCUGGUCAAAUUCAGCAGAAAACGAGGAAGCGGAGAUAUGAAGUACUGUAUCUCUGGAGAAAGUAUCUAACGGGUGGCAUACAGUAAUCUACCGAGGGGACAUUACCACAAUUAUAAGAAAGAGCUAGAAACUAACAAGGUUAGUUACAAAUAUCUUUGACAUUACUCUCCAGCCUUCAAGGUGGACAUCUCACCACUGGUAACGUAAUACAGUAUCCUUUCAUCCCGUUUUAUUUUUGUAGCUAGCUACUGUAACUUUAGUUAUUUUUGUUGAAGUUACCUAACCUAACUAGCUAGUUAGUUUUCUAACUGUUACUGCCUAAUUUACAGUUUUUAUGCAAUGCUAUUGGUAGCAAGUUAACUAGCUAGCUAUGUCUGAUCAUUCAAGUUAAUUUAGCCAGCUAACUGAAUCUGACAGCGAGUUGGGACUCAAUUCAUUCUGAACUACAACCAGCCAAGUCAAACAGCGAUGCAGUCGGGCCAAAAUGUGAUGGAGUGUCACAGCGAAGGGGCGCUUGGCAAAUCUGACAAGACGGCGACUUUGAGAUACAUUCCCACUCUGAAGACUGACAAUGGUCCAACCGUGGAUAAUAAAAAUGUUGGGGAUACCCUGGUCAUCAAUGAGAGCAACCUCAGGGCGCCGAGUCCCCGUGGAGCAAAUGGUGAUGACGACUCUGAAGCAGAGUCGUACCGGGAUGGGCGGACAGAGGUGGUGGACAUGGAUAUGAAAGGCAGGGCGUUCGCCUGGUGUCGAGACUUCCUUUCCGGGUCAUGGAAAAGCAUUCCCGAGGCAGAUUUUCAGAUCAGCAUUGUCAGUGGUGGACUCAGCAACCUGCUGUUCAUGUGCAGUCUGCCAGACCAUGCCCACACUAUUGGAGAUGAACCUCGCAGGGUCUUGUUGCGAGUUUAUGGGGCCAUCCUACAGGGAGUGGAUUCUCUGGUCUUGGAGAGUGUGAUGUUUGCCAUCCUGGCGGAGAGAGCCCUGGGACCACGGCUCUAUGGAAUCUUCCCUGAGGGACGCCUGGAACAGUACCUGCCGAGCAACCGCCUGCGUACAGAGCAGCUCUUUGUUCCGGAACUGUCCGCUGAGAUCGCCUCAAAGAUGGCCCGCUUCCAUAGGAUGGUCAUGCCCUUUAACAAGGAACCCAAGUGGCUGUUCGGGACCAUUGGCAGGUACAUGGAUCAGGUGAUGAACUUAAAGUUUGCCCGGGAGGCUCACGUCAAGAAAUACAACAAGCUGAUUAAGUACGACCUCCCGGCAGAGCUGGAGAGUCUCCGAGUGUUGUUGUCAGCGACCCCAUCUCCAGUGGUGUUCUGUCAUAAUGAUGUGCAAGAAGGUAACAUUUUGAUGCUGGAGGACAGAGACCACACCUCCACUGGGAAACUCAUGCUCAUAGACUUUGAGUACAGCAGCUACAACUACAGGGGUUUUGACUUUGGGAACCACUUCUGUGAGUGGUGCUAUGACUACACAUACAACCAGUGGCCCUUCUACAAGUGUACACCUGACAACUACCCCAGCAGAGAACAACAGCUGCAUUUCAUCCGUAACUACCUGGAGGAGACAGGAGGCUAUUCAGAGAGCACCAUGCACGAGGACCAAGCUCGUAUAGAGCAAGACUUGCUGGUCGAAGCCAAUCGAUUCGCCAUGGCAUCUCACUUCCUCUGGGGCCUGUGGUCUAUCAUUCAAGCCAGGAUAUCCAAGAUCGAGUUUGGCUACAUGGACUAUGCCCAGUCACGAUUUGAUGCCUACUUCAAGCAGAAAAAGUUAUUUUCCUAAAUCGCUAAAAGAACAGAUUGACUUCAAUGGAAUGUACUGUAAUUUUUAUAUCUGCUGAUUCUUCCUGUACGCAACUUGUCCUGAUGCAGAAACGUAGUUAGCUAGGCAUAUGUGUUAAGUGUUGAAACCAAACCAAAUAUGAGGGGUAAACGUCCACUGAAGAGUCUUAGGUGGAUUUUUACAAAAUGAUCUAUUGUUUGAACUUGAUGUUUCUAAUAUACCAGGACCCCAUCCAUCUAGUAUCUUUCCAUCUAGUAGCAUCCAAUACGUUGCUCUGACUGCGACAAGUAACAGUGAAGCAGGGACUCAGCUGCACUCCAACAAAAUGCACUUAUCUUCCCCUACUAUGAAAUGUGAAAUUCUGUGAAAAUGCACAGCAAAAAAAAGCAUGUUAUUUGUUUCCAUUACUUACGAUCUACUGGUUCCACACAUUUAUGUUUCAAACCCUGUAGUCACGUGCUUUUAUUUUAGUCUUUCAACUCUGCUUCUUUCUUUACCCCACCUCGUCAUUUAAUUGUUGUUGAACUUCAGAACGCCCUUGACUUCAGGGUCGAUAUAUGCUCAUUUUGUGCCGUCUUUUUUCUUUUUCCUUGACUUGUUUGUUAAAUGCCUGUUCUAUGCAUGGACACAAUACAGCAUGGCAGAGAAUCAAGCUGCAUAGCACAACUCUGUUCAUACUGGAGUUCUGUUUCUUUGUAGUGCAGUAGGGAAAUCUGGACUCUUGGCCCUAUUCAUUCAGAACUAGUAAGAAAACAACAAGCUCCAUUGCAUAGUAAGUCAAAUAUGUUCUUAAGCAGGAUGUUGUUUUUGACCUUUCUCUAUGACUGGAUCUGAUUGAAUUGGGCUUAAACCCCAUGUAUGACCUGUCUGUUUUAGCAUUUUCUCUAGUUGAACUAUAUAUAGAGCGGUUGCAGUUGUCAGAAAUCACUUAGCAAUCAUGCCAGGCGCCAUGUUGGAAGUCAGUCACUGUGGUGGAAGAAUGGUGCAGCCUGCUGGCUGUUUGUGAGCAUGCACAUUGCACUGCCAAUUGUUUCUUAGCAAGGCAAUUUGUUUUCUCAGCUACAAUGUCUUGGCUGCCAAUUACGGCACAGAAAUUGACCAUGGUGAUGAACCAAGUAGGUUUAGGCACUUAUCAUUCAGCUUGGGGUUGCCACUCAGUUGUCAGAAGAAUUGAUGUGGUGGUCUUCCAACAUGGCUGCCAGGAGGUGUCGCAUUUCACCUCCUGGCACAAGUGUUUUGUGUCAUUCUACCUCUUCACAACAAUGGGGGUCAUUUUACACUUUGAAUGAUAAAUGAGCAAAUGUAGACCUGAAACUAAAUGAUUUAAAAAAGGAACAUUUUUUUUGGUUAUAGACAUUAACAGCUUAUUGCACAACCUCUCAGAAGAGAGCAGUUUAUGAAAAAAACUAUAUAUAUAGCUUUUGUCUGGCUUUGAUGUCAUUGCAUUCUGACUAGGUUUACCAUUUCAUUCUAAAGCUGUUCCAUUACUAGUAAACUGGUAUAGAACUGUCUGUCACGGUUUGACUCUGCCCAAGGUUUGGAUGUUUGUCCUUUUCCAUUUCUGACCAAGAACCACAAUGAUUAAAGAAAGCUGUCCAUGACUUUGAACAACAGAUGUUGUAUCUUAUUUAAAUGUGCAUUUGGCUCCUGUGCGUGUCUGCCUGCCCAACAUUAUUAGAAACCAAAUGGACUAUCUGCAUGCUUUUGGAAUUCAGAUCCAAAGAUUUUGAAAAUGGGAUCAUGGUGUUUUUUUUUUCUCCAAUGGCAAUCAUUUGAACACAUGGAAAUGUUUUUCAGUAUAAUUUGUUAUUUAUUUGUUAUAUUUUUUGCCCAGUGAAGUGCUCUUUGUUUUGAUGUGAGUUAUAAUAAAGGUGGACCUGUGAGUUUACCCUUUUGUAUAAUGUUAGAAUAUAUGUUGUGGAUGUAGGCCAAUGUUCGAUUUCCGAGAAUAUGAAACUGCCUAGUAUAGAAGCCAGUGUCUCGUCAACUAGCUAAAUUAAGUAACUUUCUUUCAUUGCACAUCAAGCCUGUCCAAAACACUUUGAUGUUCUUGCAGCUGCUGUGUAAGUAUAACUGAACUGCAAAUAAACAUGCUUGAUACCUGA